AAUCAAUCAAUCUCUUUUCAGGUAUUAUAGUUGACAGAGGUGGGACUUUUGAACACGCGUUUAUGGUUGCAGCCUUCGUUAUUCUCAUUGGUGCCGCCUUAGGAAUGGCUACGGUCGUUUUCCAGCCUAACAACGACAAACCGGACGUACCAGAUACUGAUUACGUCAUCAGCAACAACGGUGACGUCAAUGAAACAGUGUCUUCGAUGCUGAAUAGCGUCCAUAUUCCCAACAAGCGUUUCAAUCUCGAAGAAAUAAACGAAAAACAGGAAACGGAAACGCAAGAAUUCACUGCAGAGCAGAAAUCUGCUUCUUGUUCCGGUAGCGCAUGCUCGUUAAGAAAUAAUAUAUUUAAUGUGUCAGCUGACGUAGACUUUUCUGAAGAAAUUCAGCGACUUUUUAACGGGGAAGAACUAAAGUUUAUAGAUGAAAGUUGACAUGUGAAACUUUUGUAAAAUAUACGAGGUUAUACUCCGCUCAAUUCAUUAUUCAAUUGGAUAUAGGUAGGCGCAUAAUUCAUUUUAUAUUUUAGUAGAAGCGUCUUUUAACAUGUUUUUGUUUAAAAAUUAUUUGCUUGUCCAUCUUGAUGUUAAUUUAGUGAUUCGUUUUAUGUGUGUGUAUAACUUUGCCUGUUGUUUUUAUUGUUUUCAUUAUUUUAUUGGACAUAAAAACUUUGUUUCGUAGAUAAUUAAUUUAUUCUAACAAACAUGUAAGUGAAUACAUUUAUCAAUUAAAUACACAAAUAUUUA